AUGAAGCAGCUUAAGAUUUCGGCUCAGUGGGUGAUCGAACUGGACGAUGAGGUUAUUGUGAUGACCCGUCGGCAUGGCGGGCGACAGUAUCGCGUCCCGCUCUGGACGUUGCAUCAAGUGAUCGAGCUGCCACAGGCCGUCGAGCUCUAUGGACUUUUACAGGAUACCGUGGAUCUUGACGCGACGCGUGCUGUUCGGGUCCGCCUGGCGCCCGGCCAUCCCUUUUGGCGCGUACACCACCACAGCGUUGCUCAGGCGGUGGCAUGCAAUCAAAGACGGCGUCCCAGGCGUUUAAAAUGCUUUAUCAAUCCUGUGGGCGGCAAGCGCGAGGCACCUCGCAAUUUUGCCAAGGCCCGCGAGAUUUGGGAGUCGGCCGGCCUCACGCUGGAUGUUUUGGUGACGACCCGUGCUCAAGAGUGUUGUGAAGCCAUCCAGGAGCUGGACGUCGACAGCUUUGACGCCAUCGUGGUGGCGGGUGGCGAUGGAUUCCUGGCAGAGGCCGUGCAUGGCCUGAUGUGGCGGACCGAUGGUCGCAAACUACCCAUCGGCCUUCUCCCGUCUGGCUCCACCAAUACCGUUGCCUUUAGCACCUGUGGCAACGAGAGCAUCCGGACGUGGGCCGUCUUUGUGCUCCUCGGCCUCACUCGCCCCCUUGAUCUUUGCCGCGUGACCAGUCCCUACCUGUCGCGAACCAUGUACGUCGUUGUCCAAGCCGACCUUGCAGACAAGAAAAAGAGACCAGUGGAGACGGCCUCUCACCCUGGUGCCCGCUUGUUUAUGGUGUCACUCUAUUGGCAUUGUUUGUGUUGUAGUUAUGCUACCAACUUUGUGUGCAAUGGUUUUUUCAGCGCGGUUGUCAAGGACAGUGAGCGUUAUCGUUGGAUGGGGCCGGCGCGGUACAGCUACAGUGGCUUUAAGCAAGUGCUCAUUCACCAUCUCUACCGCGACAUGCACGUUCAACUCAGGCGAGCCGGUGCGUCUGAGCUGACGGAUUUUGUUCUUCCCGAUGAGGAAAGAGUCAAGCUGGUGGCGGUGGCCUUGAUGCCGUUGCGCUCCAAGCAGUCCAAGCGGGGCCUGGUCCCGCACGCCAACCCCUCUUCCGGCCACCUUCAGGCCAUUGUUGUCCGCGAAUGUGGUCGAAUUGGCUUUUUGCGCUUCCUGACGCGGGUUGCCGGUCCUGGUACCCAAUGGGCCCUCGAUUACGCCGAGACGGUGCAAUGCGAGGAGAUGGUGUUUAUGACACGGGGUCGUGAUGUCUAUUGGAACAUUGACGGCGAGAUCCACACAUUGCCCGAGCUCACGGCAACGGCCCUGCCUGGCGCGUUUGACAUUUUUCACCCAACCCCCUCGGGUUAUGCCACCCACCAGUCCCGGCAUCCCUCCGUGGAACACCAUCCCUCAGCCGUCGCCAGUGUCUAG